AGCGCGGUAUAGCUAGCGCUAGCUGGCAACACUCCAUCCAGCAUCAUUCAUAUGUUUACUGUCUGUUUCUCUCUGUGUGUUUGGUAAGCGCCUUGCUGCCCAGCAUAUGGUAGGUGCGGGUUAACACCAGGCACCUCGUGCUGCCAAAUAGGGCACCGUACUGGCGGUAUCAACACCACAAGAGUAAACUGCAUCAACCACUAGUUUUAAUCCCCUAUGGGAUAACCUAGAGUGUGAUACCGAAGUGGGCAGAAAGCUGUCAAGCCAUCCCUUUGCACAUGUUUAUGUAGAUACUUUGCCAGCGGGUUUCGGCAAGGUGGAUAUCUUGUGUACCGGUCAAGCAGUGUUGUUGGAGACAGUGUGUAGUAGGGCACAGGAAGGGCCUGAGCAAUCAAGGGCAGCUAUCUGUGCUGAAAGACGCAAUCCUCCAACUAAACAUCUCCUUGAUGAGCGGACCUUAUGCAAUGUUUCAUCGUCUGUUUAGCAGUCCAAUAUUUCGACCCAGGGCAGUCUGUUAACUCUUAUCAUAAUCCGGGAUUUAUCUUCAGUGGUGUAAGGAACAUCCGGAGUUGAAAUGACAAGAUGCUGAGCCUUGUGACUUAAGUGAUAUAUAUGGAUGGAUUAAAAGUAACAUCAGCAAGAGGACAGCACGACGAACGACAUUACAUCUUGCUCUUUCUAAUGGUUCUCAAGAUUUCAUUUAUUUUUUUGCUGUAACCGGCUUGUUACUUUUCCGCGUUACGACUUAAUAUAACUAACACCGCAACUUACUUUACGUUUUGGCGUGACUUAUUUGCUACAUCUUUGGGCGUUAUAGUCUGCUACUAUUUGUGACGUGACAUUACCUCCAUCUUGUAACUUGUUACUCCUGCUACGUAUUCUGGUGUUACAGCUUGCAUCCGUUUGUGACGUAACAGCCUGCUUCGUAUUUUAGUGUUGAAGCCUGGUAUCAAUCUGCGACGUUACAACCUGCUACGUAUUUUGGUAUUACAGCCUGCAUCAAUCUGACGUUACAGCCUGCUACGUAUGUUGGUGUUACAGCCUGCAUCAAUCUGUGACAUUACAAACUGCUAUGUUUUUUGGUGUUACAGCCUGCACCAAUCUGUGACGUUACAAGCUGCUACGUUUUUUGGUAUUACAGCCUGCAUCAAUCUGUGACAUUACAGCCUGCUACGUAUGUUGGUGUUACAGUCUGCAUCAAUCUGUGACGACGUAUUUUGGUGCUACAGCCUGCAUCAAUCUGUGACGUUACAAACUGCUACGUAUUUUGGUGUUACAGCCUGCACAGCCUGCUACGUAUUUUGGUGUUACAGCCUGCAUCAAUCUGUGACGUUACAGCCUGCUACGUAUUUUGGUGUUACAGCUUGCAUCCAUCUGUGACGUUACAACCUGCUACGUAUGUUGGUGUUACAGCCUGCAUCAAUCUGUGACGUUACAGCCUGCUACGUAUUUUGGUGUUACAGCCUGCAUCAAUCUGUGACGUUACAAACUGCUACGUAUUUUGGUGUUACAGCUUGCAUCCAUCUGUGACGUUACAGCCUGCUACGUAUACUGGUGUUACAACCUGCAUCCACACGUUACAUCUUUGUUCAUUUAUUUACCUUGGAUAUCUCGUCCCAAACUGCUUGCAAUCUGAGCUACAUUUUAUAAGAGGUCUUCCAUUAAAGCUGGUCUUGUCUUCAGUCAUCAGAAUUCACUCUAAAGAUGACUUCGUAUUUCAAGAUACGAAGUGGUGGUUUUUGGUGGAAGUUAUCAUCAGUAUGUUGUCAUUGUCGUUGCUGUCCAUGCUGCGACACCUGUCAACGCCGGUCAUCGUCCAUAGAGGAUCUUGAUGACACAUUUGAUGACAGCAUCCCGAUAUGUAGCGACUAUAGCUCAGGUGGAUCGCACACCAGUCGCCUUCCGUCCACUGGUUCCCGGCGUUCAUCUUGCAAUGAAUCCCGUAGAAGCUCUACACCAGUGUCCGAGUACCGACGAGGUAGCACACCGGUACCAGUCAUUGAUAUGAAACCAAUAGAGUUCUGGCCGCCGAGCACCAACCAAGAGACCGUUCAACCCAAGCCACUGAUGCGUCGGUACACCAACGACUUUGGUUCUUUCAGUGAUACUGAGCUCAAGAUCGAGCCCAAACUUUACGAAGUAUCUGAACACGAGGAAGACUUGACCGAUGAGGAAAAGGUUGCUCGUUACAAACUUGGUAAGAUUCACUUCGGAUUGCGAUAUGACGUAGCCGAUGAACAGCUCAUUAUUCGUAUCAUCAAAGCAAGAGACUUACCGCCACCAGUUUUAUACGAUGAGACAAGACAAGACUUAGCACAUUCCAAUCCUUACGUCAAGAUAUGUCUACUUCCAGACCAAAAAGAUUCUAAGCAGACUACUGUUAAACGCAAGACGCAAAAUCCUGACUUUGAUGAACACUUUAGGUUCAAUAUCUCUUACCAGGAAGCCCAACGGAGGUUACUACUACUGUCAAUACAGGACUUUGAUAAAUUUUCACGUCACUGUGUUAUUGGACAACACAUUGCACCACUGGCGGGUCUUCAUCUAAUUAAAGGUGGACAUUACUGGAAGCCUCUUCAACCUCCUAAUCAGAAUAACCCAGGUAGAGGAGAACUUCUGAUCUCACUGAAUUACCUUCCCAGUGCUGGCCGACUAAACGUGGACAUUAUCAAAGCCAAACAAUUACUUCAGACCGAUAUACACGGUGGAUCAGAUCCUUUUGUCAAACUUCAACUCAUUGUUGAACAAAAAGUAGUCAAGACCAAGAAGACUUCUACCAAGAAGAAUACGAUCGACCCUGUCUUCAAUGAGACCUUUAGCUUCCAUGUCACACCAGCCCUCCUGGAUGAAGUCUGCCUCUUGGUCUCUGCUUGGGACUAUAACUCAAAGAGUCGGGAUAAUUUCAUUGGACAGAUUAUUCUGGGAAAAUACCCAUCAGGACCUAGUGAAAUAACCCAUUGGCAACGCAUGGUACAUGCCCAUCGCUCCCCGGUCGCUCAGUGGCACACUCUACGCACGCGCGAAGAAUGUGAUGACGUUUUCCCUUCUUCCAAUGCGGGUGUAUCCUGAUUGGUGAAAACAAAUACUACACUAAUAUUUCCACGCAACGAGGAUUUUAACAGACGCGUUAUUAUAGCGCCACCAUGUGUUCUCAAUUAUUCAUCUUGAUACAAAAAGGGAACGACUGGAACGGUGUAGACGUUAAAACCAACCGCAAUACUUGAUGUGCUCUAACGACCGACUGUACAACAACAAGUAUUAGAAACGAACGAAAAUUGGGUUAUACAGAUAGACAGCUGUUCGUUGCUGGAUAUAGGUCAUGUCAACUGCUAGAGAAGGAACAGAAAGGGGGGCAACAACAAUGUUUGAAGUGAACAUUCAUUGUUUAACUUCAAUCAUUGUCUUAAGUGAUUGUUAAUGCUUUUGUCACAACAUUGUCAUGUGAAGAAUUGACGGUGAUUUGCAGGAUAAGAAAGUGCAAGAAUGGUAGCGGAGAGAUAUGGUGGUAUGUUUAUGUUACUUGAUUUAGCUUAAUGUGAUCUGAAGAUAAAAUGCACGGCUAUUGUAUCCAAUAGGGAUUGUUA